AUGCGUGGCUACAUUGCAAUUACGUUGCUUCUUUUCUCAGUCGCAGACAGCUCCCCGGCGGGAUUAUCCAAGCGAUUUGGCAAGGGUGGCGACGUCAUUCGUGGGGUCAACUUGGGCGGACUAUUCGUGCUGGAACCAUGGAUUACACCGUCGCUAUUCAAACAAUGGGAAGGGCCUAACCCCCAGGCCGUGGACGAAUGGACUUACUGUCAGACGCUGGGAAAGAGUGAGUGUGAAUCGAGACUCAAACAGCAUUGGGGCAGCUGGGUUACCGAAACGGACAUCUCCACACUUGCAAAGCUGGGUCUAAAUCACGUCCGCAUCCCCAUUGGAUACUGGGCGUUCACGGUCAAAAACGACGAGCCAUACGUCCAGGGCCAAAUUCCAUAUCUGAAAAAGGUCCUUGGGUGGGUGGGCAAGUACAAUCUCAACGCAGUUCUUGACCUACACGGCGUUCCUGGGUCGCAGAACGGGUUUGAUAACUCUGGCCGUCUGGGCGGCAUUCAUUGGCAGGACUCUCAGGAAAACAUUGAGCGGUCUAUUGAGGCCCUCGAGGGUUUGGCUCGCAUUGCUGCAGAGUUCCCUGACGUUGUCGAUGCCGUCCAGGUGGUCAAUGAGCCCGCAAAUUGGGGGCUGUCUAAGCAGGGCAUCAUUGCCUUUUAUAAGCAGGCGUACACAAGUAUUCGCAACAUUGCACCCAACGUCCUCAUAGUCAUUCAUGAUGCUUUUCUCUCACCGGCUGAGUGGAACGACUUUAAUGUCCCUGGAUGGGAAAAUGUCAUACUCGACACGCACACGUAUCACAUCUUUGUCAAGGACCGUCUGACGCUGUCUCGCGAUAAUCACCUUCGGGCCACAUGCCAAGAUGCCGCCAACGUACGCAACUUUAACAACAAGCUGUGGACGAUUACCGGUGAGUGGUCUUUGGCCAUAACAGACUGCGCCAGAUGGCUCAACGGCUUUGGCAAGGGUGCGCGGUGGGACGGGUCGAUGAACUGGGAGAUGAACGGCCCUGUAUACCAGGGAGCUACGUGCGCAGGUCAAAACUCUAUUGGCGCCUGGGACUCGGCGACUCGCAUGUUCUUCAGACAGUUUGCCGAGGCACAGAUCGAUGCAUACGAGGCUGGGAGCGGAUGGUUCUUUUGGAACUUUAAGGCCGAGGAUGCUGACGACUGGAACUACAUUAAACUGGCGCAGAACGGGUUGAUUCCCAAUCCGCCCACUGACCGUCAUUACUCGAGAUACUCGCUGGACAGUAAGCGGUGGGACAUCAAACUCAAUUCGCCGUGGUGUCACGAGUGAUUAUUUCUAUUUCUAUUUCAAUAUUUAUUAAAAAAAACAGAAUAAUGCUG